GUCCCCCACCCAGUGCUGGGAGCUUGGGCAGAGGCAAAGACUUCACAAGAACGGAGGGAUCGGGACCUAACCGAGGCCAACGGAGCCAGGGCCUCCGGUGCUGCGGGACCCGACGCCGGGGCCAUGCUAUCUGGUGAACGAAAGGAGGGCGGAAGCCCCCGCUUCGGGAAGCUCCAUCUCCCUGUGGGCCUGUGGAUCAAUUCUCCCAGGAAGCAGUUGGCCAAGCUGGGGCGGCGCUGGCCCAGUGCUGCCUCUGUCAAGUCCUCGUCCUCCGACACGGGGAGCCGCAGCAGCGAGCCCUUGGCCCCGCCGGCUCCACACGUGGAGCUGCGGCGCGUGGGCGCGGUGAAGGCGGCGGGGGGCGCGUCGGGCAGCCGGGCCAAGCGCAUCUCGCAGCUGUUCCGGGGCGCGGGCGGCGGGGCGGGCGGCGGAGCUGGAGGCCCGGGAACUGCGCAACGCUGGGCCAGCGAGAAGAAGCUGCCGGAGCUGGCGGCGGGCGUGUCCCCGGAGCCCGCGCUGCCCGCGCGCCCCGCCGCGCCCCCGGGCGUGCUCAAGAUCUUCGACGCGGGCUUGGCCUCGGGUGCCAACUACAAGAGCGUGCUGGCCACGGCGCGCUCCACGGCGCGCGAGCUGGUGGCCGAGGCGCUGGAACGCUACGGGCUGGCGGGCGCGGGCGGCGACAGCGGCUGCGUGGACGCCUUCGCGCUGUGCGACGCGCUGGGCCGGCCCACGGCCGGGGUGAGCGGCGAGUGGCGCGCCGAGCACCUGCGCGUGCUGGCCGACGCCGAGCGCCCCCUGCUGGUGCAGGAGCUGUGGCGCGCGAGGCCCGGCUGGGCGCGGCGCUUCGAGCUGCGCGGCCGCGAGGAGGCGCGCCGCCUGGAGCAGGAAGCCUUCGGGGCCGCGGACGCCGACGGCACUGGGGCCCCCUCCUGGCGACCACAGAAGAACCGUUCCCGAGCAGCAUCUGGUGGGGCAGCACUGGCCAGUCCUGGACCAGGGUCGGGAUCUGGACCCCCUACUGGGUCUGGGGGCAAGGAGCGAUCAGAAAACCUGUCCCUGCGCCGCAGCGUGUCGGAGCUGAGCCUGCAGGGGCGGCGCCGGCGGCAGCAAGAACGCCGGCAGCAGGCGCUUAGCAUGGCCCCAGGGGCCGCUGACGCCCAGAUCGGACCUGCAGACCCCGGGGACUUCGAUCAGCUAACUCAGUGCCUCAUCCAGGCACCCAGCAAUCGGCCCUACUUCCUGCUGCUCCAGGGCUACCAGGACUCCCAGGACUUCGUGGUGUAUGUGAUGACCCGGGAGCAGCACGUGUUUGGACGAGGCGGGACCUCAUCCUCCCGCGGCGGGUCCCCAGCCCCAUAUGUAGACACCUUCCUCACCGCCCCGGACAUCCUGCCUCGGCACUGCACAGUACGUGCAGGCCCAGAGCCCCCAGCCAUGGUGAGGCCUGCGCGGGGCGCCCCGGUAACGCACAAUGGAUGCCUCCUGCUGCGCGAGGCCGAGUUGCACCCGGGAGACCUGCUGGGGCUGGGCGAGCAUUUCCUGUUCAUGUACAAGGACCCCCGCGCGGGUGGAUCGGGACCGGCCCGGCCGUCCUGGCUGCCCGGGCGCCCCGGGGCCACGCCGCCUGGCCCCGGCUGGGCCUUCUCUUGUCGUCUGUGCGGCCGGGGCCUGCAGGAACGAGGAGAGGCGCUGGCCGCCUACCUGGAUGGCCGGGAGCCCGUGCUACGCUUCCGACCCCGCGAAGAGGAGGCGCUGCUGGGUGAGAUAGUGCGCGCCGCGGCCUCGGGCACCGGGGACCUGCCUCCGCUCGGGCCCGCCACGCUGUUGGCGCUGUGCGUGCAGCACUCGGCGCGCGAGCUGGAGCUCGGGCACCUGCCACGCCUGCUCGGCCGCCUGGCCCGGCUCAUCAAGGAGGCUGUCUGGGAAAAGAUUAAAGAAAUUGGAGACCGCCAGCCAGAGAACCACCCGGAGGGAGUCCCCGAAGUUCCCUUGACUCCCGAAGCUGUGUCUGUAGAGCUGCGACCUCUCAUGCUGUGGAUGGCCAACACCACAGAGCUGCUGAGCUUUGUGCAAGAGAAGGUUCUAGAAAUGGAGAAGGAGGCUGACCAGGAGGGCCUGUCCUCAGACCCGCAGCUGUGUAAUGACUUGGAAUUGUGUGACGAGGCCUUGGCCCUCCUGGAUGAAGUCAUCAUGUGUACCUUUCAGCAGUCUGUCUACUACCUCACCAAGACUCUUUAUUCAACACUGCCUGCCCUCCUGGACAGCAACCCCUUCACAGCUGGGGCAGAACUGCCAGGACCUGGUGCUGAGUUGGAGGCCAUGCCUCCGGGGCUAAGACCCACCCUGGGCGUGUUCCAGGCCGCUCUGGAGCUGACCGGCCAGUGUGAGCUGCACCCCGACCUCGUAUCCCAGACUUUUGGCUACUUAUUCUUCUUCUCCAAUGCAUCCCUUCUCAACUCACUGAUGGAAAGAGGUCAAGGCCGGCCUUUCUACCAGUGGUCUCGAGCAGUCCAAAUCCGAACCAACUUGGACCUUGUCUUAGACUGGCUGCAAGGGGCUGGGCUGGGUGACAUCGCCACUGAGUUCUUCCGGAAACUCUCCAUUGCUGUGAACCUGCUCUGUGUGCCUCGCACCUCCCUGCUCAAGGCUUCAUGGAGCAGCCUACGGACUGACUACCCCACCCUGACCGCUGCUCAGCUCCACCAUCUACUCAGCCACUACCAGCUGGGUCCUGGUCGUGGACCUCCAUCAGCCUGGGACCCUCCACCUGCAGAGCGGGAUGCUGUGGACACAGGGGACAUCUUCGAAAGCUUUUCCUCGCAUCCUCCCCUUAUCCUGCCCCUGGGCAGCUCGCGCCUGCGCCUCUCUGGCCCGGUGACUGACGACGCCCUGCACCGUGAACUGCGCAGGCUCCGUCGUCUACUUUGGGAUCUUGAGCAGCAGGAGUUGCCGGCCAAUCACCGCCAUGGGCCUCCUGUGGCCACGCCUCCUUGAAAACCAAUAACAAACGAGCGCGCGAACCUUGAAACUCCGCCUACUCCUGAUCACUGGAGCCCGCCUGAAUGCAAAGCUUUAUGGGAGUUGUAGUUUUACCUGCGUGAAACGCUGAGAGUUUUCAGGAUGGCAGAAGAUGGGACUGUGGGAAGAUGGGCUUGGGAUGUGCGUGCCAAGGAGUAAUAAAAGUACUUGUGGUUUUGGCA